AUGUCACUCACUUCGCAGGCCGCAGCUCGCUGCUGCAGACAGCUCGUCCGUCCCUCCGUUCGCAUCUCUUCCACCACAUAUCUGAGCCAGCGGACACCCAGCCGGAGGUGGAACUCGACAGAGGCGCAGGCUGCUGCUCCUGCCAAUCCCAAGAUCACCCAGAUUGUUGACCAGAUCAGCCAAUUGACGCUUCUGGAGACGGCGGAUCUCGUUGCCAGCUUGAAGUCCCGCCUGAAUAUCCCCGACCUCCCCGUUGGGGGCUUCGCCGUUGCUGCCGCUCCUGGUGGCGCCGCUCCCGCCGCUGCUGAGGAAGAAGAGGCUGCCCCCGCCGCGCAGGAAAAGACUCUUUUCAAUCUGAAGCUUGAGACAGUGGAUGCUGCCUCCAAGGCUAAGGUCAUCAAGGAGAUCAAGGGUCUGCUCGGCCUCUCCCUCGUCGACAGCAAGAAGUUCGUUGAGUCGGUACCCAAGCUCAUGAAGGAGUCUGUGCCCAAGGAGGAGGCGGAGAAGAUCAUCGAGACCCUGAAGGCCGUGGGUGCCAAGGUUGUCAUGGAGUAG